UAAUAAAUACACAUAUAAAAAUAUUUUCAAUUCAUUUAUAUAAUUUUUGAAGAAUUAAAGAAUAAUAAUUGAUGAAUUAUUGAAUUUCUAACUUCAUGGAUUGUAAAUGAUGUGAUUUUGUACCUAUCUUCAUGUGAUACAAUCAUACAAAUCGAUCCAUUUGUUUACGGAGGUCGUCUGCUAGUCCAUUACGUUUUAUUAAAACAUUGUUUUGAGAUUAAAUAAUAUGCUCUAAAUCGUAUGUUUAUGUGACUUUAAAAGAAAAUAAAGCUGCAAUGCCGGGGACUGAAGAUAGUACAACAGAACUCGGAGAAAUAGAAAAUGUCAGAGUUGUGGUCCGUGUUCGACCUUUAAAUGGAAAGGAGUUGGACGGGCAUUGUAAGAACAUAGUAUGUGUGGAUACCAUAAAUAGUGAAAUAACAGUUGAGAAUCCCAAUGCUGCACAAGGAGAACCACCAAAAGUUUUUUCUUUUGAUGCUGUUUUUGAUACUGAUUCAACUCAAGUUGAUAUUUACAAUGAAACUGCAAGACCUAUUGUGGAUAAAGUUCUUCAAGGAUACAAUGGAACUAUAUUUGCAUAUGGACAAACAGGCACUGGUAAAACAUAUACCAUGUCAGGUGCAAAAACAUCUCCACAACUUAGAGGUAUUAUUCCUAAUACCUUUGCACAUAUUUUUGGACAUAUAGCUAAAGCUCAUGAUAAUCAAAAAUUUCUUGUGCGUGCAACAUAUUUAGAAAUUUAUAAUGAAGAAGUUAGAGAUUUAUUAGGUAAAGAUCAAAAUACAAGAUUAGAAGUAAAGGAAAGACCUGACAUUGGAGUAUUUGUAAAAGAUCUUAGUGGCUAUGUUGUCAAUAAUGCUGAUGAUUUAGAUCGAAUAAUGUCUCUUGGUAAUAAAAAUCGUGUUGUUGGAGCUACUGCAAUGAAUGUAUCAAGUUCAAGAUCUCAUGCAAUAUUUACAAUCACUGUUGAAUCUAGUCAACUUGGAGAGGAUGGUGAACAACAUGUUAAAAUGGGAAAACUUCAUUUAGUUGAUUUAGCUGGGUCAGAAAGACAAAGUAAAACAAAAGCUUCUGGGGUUCGUUUAAGAGAAGCAACAAAAAUUAAUUUAUCACUUUCAACACUAGGUAAUGUAAUAUCUGCAUUAGUUGAUGGUCAGAGUUCACAUGUGCCUUAUAGGAAUUCCAAACUAACAAGAUUAUUACAAGAUUCUUUGGGUGGAAAUUCAAAAACUUUAAUGUGUGCAAAUGUAAGUCCAGCAGAUAUAAACUAUGAUGAAACUAUCAGCACACUUCGUUACGCAAAUCGUGCUAAAAAUAUUAAAAAUAGAGCAAGAAUUAAUGAAGAUCCAAAAGAUGCUUUACUUCGACAAUUUCAAGUUGAAAUUGAACAAUUACGUAAACAAUUGGAAGAAAAUGGUGCUGAAAUCUCAGAAUCUGAAGAUGAAUCUGAAGAUUCUGAAGAAACAGGAGAAGCUAGACAUGAAAAAAAAGCACGACGUAGAAGAAGUCAAAUAUUAACAAUGGAAGAAUUAGAAGAUAGAGAUAUAGAUUCUAAUGAAAAAAUUGACAAAGCUGAAAGAGAAGAUAAAAGUCCUGAUGAUAAAGAUGUUAUUGAAUUAAAAAGAACUCAGAGUGAGAAAGAAGCAUUAAGAGAGAAAAUGCAAAAUUUACAAAACAAGAUUUUAGUUGGUGGUGAGAAUUUGUUAGAAAAAGCAGAAGCUCAAGAACAAUUAUUGGCUGCUGCAGCAAUUGAACUUGAACAACGUAAAAGUAGAGAAGAACAAUUAAAAAAAGCUAUUGAAGCAAAAGAAGCUGAACGAAUUGAUAUAGAAGAAAAAUAUUCUUCUUUGCAAGAAGAAGCUGCAGGAAAAACUAAAAAAUUAGCUCGAGUACACACAAUGUUAAUGUCUGUUAAAGCAGAAUUAUCUGAUUUACAGCAAGAACAUCAAAGGGAAAUGGAAGGACUUUUAGAAGGUGUUAGAGGUAUUGGGCGAGAGUUACAACUUCAAGAGUUAAUAGUAAACAGUUAUAUUCCUGUUCAAUAUCAGACAAUGAUUGAAAGAUAUGUUCAUUGGAAUGAAGAUAUUGGAGAAUGGCAAUUAAAAUGUGUAGCAUAUACAGGAAACAAUAUGCGAAAAGCACAAGCUACACCACCAAUAGGAAGUAAUAAAGAUCAAAUUCAACCUGACAUGUCAAAUAUAUAUCUCUCUUAUAAUAAUGGAAUCGACAAUACUUUCGUACAACCAAAAAAAAUACGAGGUAGAUCUGGGGUUCCAAGGCCAACUACAGCACAUAGACGUACACCACAUUAAAAUUAUUUAAAUUAUAAGACGAUAAAAAUAUUUAUAUUUCACUAAGUACCUUUUUUAGCACUUUUUUAAAGACAUUAUUCUAAUUUAUUUUUGUUUAUAUGAUAUAUAUAUGAUGAGGAAAUCAGUAUUUUCUGUAAUUAUACAUUUAUUUCUACUUUGAAUCAGGUUUGUUCUAACUUAUUUUAAAUACUGCAUAACAGCAAAGAUAUAGGAGAUAUAAUAAACAAUAGGACAAUAUCUAAUUAACAAAAACAAUUUAAAAACUACAAUUUCUGUGUUAUAUGACAUAUAAUUUAAAACUAAAUAAUAUAAACGAACUAUU